AUGGGGGACGCGGUGGCCAAUCGUUUGGGCGGCCUGGCUGCGUGUUUUCUUGUGCUUUUAUUUCCUUUUUUCUUCGUUUUUUUUUGUGCCCUCUCCUCUUGGCGCCGGCUUGCUCUGCCCACUGCGUUGUUGCCGGCGAGUGUACUCACGCCCGCCGUGAGGCUCUGGCAGAACGUUGUUGGGAGCCGGCCAUUGAGUUCGUCGCAAGCAAAGCCAAAAAUGUACACAGCCGCGGAGGGGGCGCAAGGUGACCUGAGUCAGCUGCCGCUUCAGGCACUGCGAAGGCUCGGCUGCUCCGAGGAAACGGCACUUCGACUUGCUAUUCGCUGCGGGCCAGACGUCGAGGGCUGUGUGCAGGAGCUGCAGCGCAGGCGCCGGCCGUCGCUGAUAGCGCUCGACGUCUCCUGCCGGCAAGGGGAGUACCUGGGCAAGGUGUGUCGGUCCAUGAAGCCGGUAGAAAAGACCCGGCUGCCGUGCUUUCGCAGGGAGCACCUUGACGAACCCAGCAGCGGCUACCCGGCGCUGACCUGGGGCGCCGUGGCAACGCGCAUCAACCUCGGCCCCGACGUCGAAAUCUUCUUCCUCGACGUGGCAGCUGAGGUGAGGUCCAACCGUGACCUCUACGAGAGCUACUAUCAAAAGCAAAUUCUUGCGGAUGGAUACGCGGACAUUCUGGCAUUCACCACAAUUGUGGAUGGUCUUGUUCCGCUUGUGGACUACUUGCACGCCAGACACUUUGGUGGGAUGCAGCCGCACCGUCCCUCGGUUCCGCGAGGGCUGUCUGCGGUGGGCGGUGACUGGCAUGGGAUAAUAAUUGAGUCCUUGGCUCGCGGCGGAGGCGACACGACAAGGGGGGCACGAAGUGGCCCAAACGCCUUACAAUCCCCGCCGCGUCGUACCCGAAUUCUUCUUGGGAACGAUCCACGCACCUCCGUCACACAACGACAAGAUAAGGCGGGUAUGCAACUGGCGUUAAAAGCCCAUGGUCUGACGCACAUUCGAGGCUCUGCCGGGUUUAGCGCCGCGGAUGCGAAGCGCUGGAAGCAGCAGCAUGGAAUUCCAUUUCCUGUGGUUAUUAAACCUGUAAGUGGCGCAGGAUCUGAGCUGGUGACUGUCUGCUACACCGAUGAGGAAAUCGAUGUGGCGUUUGCCCUCACAUGUGGAGUGAAGACGACCCAAAUGACAGAGGCAUCGCAUAUGGUGCUGCAGGAGUACAUCGAGGGUCCCGAGUACGUUGUUAACGUUGUGAGUUACGAGGGCAAACACGUCGUCUCCGACGUCUGGCAAAGUUGGAAGUAUCCAUUGACGCUGUACAGCACGCGUCUUCUUUACUCUGUGGAGGAGCGACUGAUGGCUGAGUUUAAAGCUACGGGGCGUGGCCGGCUUCCUGCUAGGCAUAACAGUACAGCAAUUAUGUAUGAUCGUAUCGAGUUUGUGCACAAUUUGGCAGAGCUGGACGCGGAGAGCGAGGUGCGACGCGUUGUGGCGUACACCCUGCAGUGUCUUGAUGCUCUCGGCAUGCGCCAGGGGUGCUCACACUGUGAGCUUCGUGUCGAUAGUCGUCCUGACAGCGGCACGCGGGGGAUGCCUUUUCUAAUCGAACUUAACCCGCGCGUGCUUGGCGAUACCCCGCGCUCCACCCCUCUUGUGGGCUACGACCAGUACACGCUCCUGGCAUAUUUGCUUUUUGCCGCCGCAGCCGUGCCCGAAGCAAAGCCUCCCCUCAUCCAGGCUGGCAAGAGUUAUGCAGGAGAGAAGAAUGCGGAGGAUGUCCAGGGUCAGCUCCCGUGGCCGCCUGCCCCGCUUCUCUAUACGUCGCUUACAACCGACGUUUCGUGUCACGUGAUUUUCCUGCGCGUUGAGGAGAGCAGUGUGGUGUGCAACAUAGGCCUGCGUCAGAUCAUUGCGCUGCCAACGUUUGGGUACUUUACAAGAGGCAGCCACUUUGACGAACUGGGAUGCCCGGGCACUCUCACGCUUGUGUCGAAAACGGUGGACCUCUUCACUUCACCGCUGGCGUGCGUGCUUAACGGUGCUGAGGCGGACCUCCGUCGCGAUGCGGCGUACAUUCGCCGUGUGGAGAACAAGGAUCUCAGUGCGCUGACGCCGCUCCUGAACGCCGCCCUGAAGCUGCAGCCCGCCUCCCAGAGAACGUCGAUCACCCACGCCACAUCCUGCCCCCUCACUGAGGCGCCCGGUCGCGCCGGCGUCGCCGCAAAUAAAAAGGCGGUAAGCCACGCAAACAAUACCUCGGAGUUCGAUGCCGCCGUGGAUGCAAUUGUGUCCUUUUUUGCGCAGCCGGAGCCUCCGUUGUUUGUGCCUCUGGGCUACUUCUUAGAUUUAAGGGUCUUGCGUCUUGAGCACCUUAUCUUGGGAGCCAGAAGCACCGCUUGA